AUGGGUGAGCCGCAUCCAAAAAUAGCAGGCAUAUUGAAAGCCAAGACUUUGGGACGUCUUUACACAGUACAUCCAACACAACGUGAAUGCUUCUUCUUGCGGUUGUUAUUAGUAAAUGUUCCAGGGCCAACGUCUUUCGAAUUUUUGCGAACAGUAAAUGGACAAGAUUCAUGUCGAGAGUUGCAGUUGCUGGAAGCCGACUAUCAUUGGGAUCUAUCACUUGCUGAUGCAGCAUUUGCAUCUACGCCGAAUAGCAUUCGCCAACUGUUUGAAAUUAUAUUGACGACAUGUUAUCCCACACAAUCAUCGGCUUUGUGGGGAAAAUACAAGAACUAUAUGGCUGAAGACAUACUGCGCCGAAUUAGACACACAAACCAAGAUCCAAACAUUGAUUACACACCAGAAAUUUACAACGAAGCAUUAUG